UACUGGUGUUUGUGAGUCGCUGGGCCAGGUCCGUCUAUAAAUAAGGGAGGAGGGUAUUGGAAGAACCCGUGAAAAGGGGUGGAUCUCGAAAGCAAACGCUGCCAACCCAAAUCGUGUCCGGAGUAAGGUUAGAGGAUAAUGGCUCAAAUCGAUACCUUCCUUUUCACCUCUGAAUCUGUGAACGAGGGACAUCCUGACAAGUUGUGCGACCAGAUCUCCGAUGCAAUCCUUGAUGCCUGCUUGGUACAGGAUCCUGACAGCAAGGUUGCUUGUGAGACGUGCACGAAAACGAAUAUGGUCAUGGUCUUCGGGGAGAUCACAACCAAAGGCAAUAUUGAUUAUGAAAAGAUUGUUCGGGAAACAUGCCGUUCAAUUGGCUUUGUGUCAGAUGAUGUUGGCCUGGACGCUGAUCACUGCAAAGUGCUAGUUAACAUCGAGCAGCAAUCACCCGACAUUGCCCAAGGUGUCCAUGGGCACUUCACCAAGCGCCCUGAGGAAAUCGGAGCUGGUGACCAGGGUCACAUGUUUGGUUAUGCAACAGAUGAGACCCCUGAGUUGAUGCCUCUCAGCCAUGUCCUCGCCACCAAGCUAGGUGCCCGCCUCACUGAAGUCCGCAAGAAUGGCACCUGCCCAUGGCUGAGGCCUGAUGGGAAGACCCAAGUCACAGUCGAAUAUCAGAAUGAAAAUGGCGCCAUGGUUCCCAUUCGUGUCCACACCGUCUUGAUCUCCACCCAACACGAUGAGACUGUCACCAACGAUGAGAUUGCUGCAGACCUUAAGCAGCAUGUCAUCAAGCCUGUCAUCCCUGAUAAAUACCUCGACGAGAAGACCAUCUUCCACCUCAACCCAUCUGGACGCUUUGUCAUAGGUGGUCCUCAUGGCGAUGCUGGCCUGACUGGCCGCAAGAUCAUCAUUGACACUUACGGCGGCUGGGGAGCUCACGGUGGUGGUGCUUUCUCAGGCAAGGAUCCUACCAAGGUCGACAGGAGUGGUGCAUAUAUCGUUAGGCAAGCAGCCAAGAGCAUUGUGGCAAACGGCCUCGCACGCCGUUGCAUUGUGCAAGUGUCCUAUGCAAUUGGUGUUCCUGAGCCACUCUCAGUCUUUGUCGACACCUGUGGCACCGGCAAGAUCCCAGACAAGGAGAUUCUAAAGCUUGUGAAGGAGAACUUUGAUUUCAGGCCUGGAAUGAUCACCAUCAAUCUCGACUUGAAGAGGGGUGGUAACCGAUUCCUCAAGACUGCAGCAUAUGGUCACUUCGGCAGGGAUGACCCCGACUUCACCUGGGAGGUGGUCAAACCCCUCAAGUGGGAGAAGCCGGCUGCCUAAAUCCGUACCAUUUAAAUUCAUCUUCUAUUAUCUAGAGAAUCAUUGCUGCUUUAGUUUCCAAUCCUUAACAUAGACGCCUAUUCAGUUAUCUCUUAUUAUGUUUGUUUCCUUCAUUUUCUGCUUUACUUGUUUGCUGAAGCUUGAAAGUGGAGUGGCCGGACUAGAUUUCUCUAAAUGAUUAAAGACGCAACAGAGAGCUGGAGUCUAUCAAUGAAUUUAUAUUGCCGCUUGUGGAGUUGAUCGACGAUGGCUAGUGUAUUUUGUACCGUCUGUAUGCAUUGUUGUAGGAUAAUAAAAAUAUUUCUCUUUGAAUUGCU